AUAUCGAAAAACAUAAACCAUGAGCUAAUGAAGACGAGAAAAAAGAAAUAAGAGGUUGGGAACUAUGGGCGUAAUGGCAUAUCCGAAUAUCAGCCAACCAAUCCAGACACGACCCGACCUUUUGCUUGUACGAAAAGUCAAAAACAAUUCGCUUUUGGGACCAAACUACAAAUCUUGUGUGGCCCAAACAUCCACAUUUUCCAACACCACCAAACUACAAGGACCAUUAAUGUAACUCACCCGCACACCAGAUCGACCACCGGUCAUACGGUUUUCAAAUCCCGCAGAUCCAACGGUUGUGAUCAACUCCACCACAUCUACAUAUACACUGAAUCUACAUCUACCAAAACCCUCAUUUCCUCACCUAAUCACCUUUCUCAAAUCUCCAAUCCUCUCAGAUCUUAACCUAAUGGCGACCAUCAAGGCAGUCAAAGCACGACAAAUCUUCGAUAGCAGAGGCAAUCCUACCGUUGAGGUUGAUAUUACUCUUUCUGAUGGUACAUUGGCCCGAGCUGCCGUCCCUAGUGGUGCAUCCACCGGUAUUUACGAGGCUCUUGAAUUGAGAGAUGGAGGGUCAGACUACCUUGGAAAAGGUGUCUCCAAGGCUGUUGCAAAUGUCAACACAAUUAUUGGUCCCGCUCUUGUUGGCAAGGACCCAACCGAUCAGACUGGUAUCGAUAAUUUCAUGGUUCAACAACUUGACGGAACUCAAAAUGAAUGGGGUUGGUGCAAGCAAAAGCUUGGUGCAAACGCCAUCUUGGCAGUUUCUCUUGCCGUUUGCAAGGCUGGUGCCAGUGUCCUCAAAACCCCCCUCUACAAGCACAUUGCCAACUUGGCUGGUAACAAGAACUUGGUUUUGCCAGUACCUGCUUUCAACGUCAUCAAUGGUGGAUCACAUGCAGGAAACAAGCUUGCCAUGCAGGAAUUUAUGAUUCUCCCCAUUGGUGCCUCCAGCUUCAAGGAAGCCAUGAAGAUGGGUGUUGAAGUAUAUCACAACUUGAAGUCUGUGAUUAAGAAGAAAUACGGUCAGGAUGCAACAAAUGUUGGUGAUGAAGGUGGCUUUGCUCCCAAUAUCCAGGAAAACAAGGAGGGUCUUGAGUUACUUAAGACAGCUAUUGCUAAAGCUGGAUACACAGACAAGGUUGUCAUUGGAAUGGAUGUUGCUGCAUCUGAAUUUUAUGCGGAGAAAGACAAGACCUAUGAUCUGAACUUCAAGGAAGAGAACAACGAUGGCAAACAAAAGAUUUCAGGAGAACAACUUAAAGAUCUUUACAAGUCGUUUGUGAGUGAGUACCCUAUUGUGUCGAUUGAGGACCCAUUUGACCAAGAUGACUGGGAGCACUACGGCAAGAUGACCGCUGAAUGUGGCGAACAAGUACAAAUUGUGGGAGAUGAUCUUUUGGUCACCAACCCCACGAGAGUCAAGAAGGCAAUUGAUGAGAAGACUUGCAAUGCUCUUCUUCUAAAGGUCAACCAAAUUGGGUCUGUGACCGAGAGUAUCGAAGCUGUGAGGAUGUCCAAACGUGCUGGUUGGGGUGUGAUGGCCAGUCACCGCAGUGGAGAAACAGAGGACACCUUCAUUGCUGAUCUUUCCGUGGGUUUGGCAACGGGUCAAAUCAAAACUGGAGCUCCAUGCAGGUCUGAGCGUCUUGCAAAGUACAACCAGCUCUUGAGAAUUGAAGAGGAGCUUGGAUCAGAAGCGGUUUACGCUGGAGCAAACUUCCGCAAGCCUGUGGAACCCUACUAGAUGUUACACAUCGAGAUGGUUAAGAGUCAAGGAUGAGUGUCCAUGUCAAGUUUUUCUUUAAUAAGGCUACUCAGGGUUUCAUUUUGAGGUUUUUGACUUCAAAUUUUUGCAGUUUGGUUUUUGACGUUUGAACAUCCUAUAUUUCUUUGGUUUAUCUCUGCCGUUGGCUAUGUUUACUGAUUUGCUUCUGAAUGGUAAAUGUGUUGAUGUCGACUAUAGUAUUCCCAAUGCUAAAUAAAGAAUGAAGCACAAAAAGUUUACUAGUG